ACCUCAUUCCCUUUCCAUUUCAUAUUCCACUUCCAUUUCCAUUUCCAUUUCCAUUUCCAUUUCCACUUCCACUUCCACUUCAACUCAAAGCAAACAUGAAAUCACAGCUCUUCUUCGUCCUCCUCCCACUCUUCCUCCUCCUCCCUUCCUCCGCCAUCCGCUUCGACAUCCAAAACAACUGCUCCUACACCCUCUGGCCCGCUGUCCUCCCCUACGGAGGCGGCCGCCACCUCGACAGCGGCCAGACCUGGACCCUCGACUUCGCCGACGGGCCCAGGCUCGCCAGAAUCUGGGCCCGCACCAACUGUUCCUUCGACUCCUCCGGCCGCGGCUCCUGCCUCACCGGAGACUGCGCCGGCCAGCUCAACUGCACCUCCUACGGUACUCCACCGCUCUCCAAGGCGGAGUACGGCCUCAACAACUUCGCCCACAUGGACUACUACGACAUCUCCCUCAUCGACGGCUUCAACGUCCCGCUCGAGAUGACCCCGACCACCAACGGAUGCUCCAAGUCUAUCCGGUGCUCGGCCGACGUGGUGGGCCAGUGCCCCGCCGACCUCAGGGCCCCCGGCGGAUGCCAAAACCCGUGCACCGUCUACAAGACGCCCGAGUACUGCUGUCGGGCCGGGAGGUGCCUCCCCACCGAUAAGUCGAGGUUUUUUAAGGCGCUGUGCGCGGAGGCGUUUACCUAUCCGGAGGACGACCCCACUAGCACUUUCACGUGCCCGGAGGGAACCAACUAUCGGGUCGUCUUCUGUCCCUAGUGAUCCCUCCGCACGUGAACAAAAGACACAUUUUGAUUUGGCACGUGGAUUAUCUUAUACCCCUUAAAAGGAGUACUACUUUAUGUACAAUUCCAAAAAUAUGUUUCAUUGUUGAAUAUUUUUAUUCUCAUAUCCAGGAUUUGUAUGCAAUCUCUAAGAAAUAAGAAAGGAGAAGGUAAUAUAGUAAUAUGAGUA